CAGGAUAACAACGAAGAACGUCACUGGUCAACUCAACUGAUUCGCUUAGGACUGAAGUAGCUGGCAGAUGGCAGGCUGAGAGUUGACGGAAGAACUUUCCCUGUUCAUUCUAUAGGAAUAUAUAAGAUUCCCGAGCCUGCUCCUGUUUGCUGCCACAACUCCAAUCAUCUUCCUGCUGGCAGCUUCCCUCUCCCUCCGCUGCUGAGCAAGCUGAUCCACCGCCAUGGGGCUGGCGAUGGGGAGGCUUCUUGGGUGGAAGAAGGAGGCGCAGAUCGCGCUGUUGGGCCUCGGCGGCGCUGGCAAGACGGCCAUUCUGCACAAACUCAAGCUCGGCCACGCAAUCACCACCGGACCAACGAUAGGGUUCAACAGCGAGACGCUUGAAUACAAUGGCAUCAGCUUCAGGGUCUGGGACGUGGGUGGUCAAGGCGAGGUAGCUCAUGUAUCAGCAGCUGUAUUGUUCUUGCAUUCAAGUACGUCUGUGUGCAGCACCUACUGUGCGUGGCACUCUGAUUACCAUUUUGAUUUGCAGCUCCGGCCCUUGCUAAGGCACUACCUCUAUGGCGUCCAGGGCGUGGUAUUCGUCGUCGACAGCAGCGACCGGGAGUGGAUUCUUCGAGCCAAAGAUCUGCUGAACAUCAUUCUGGACGAGGACCAGUUCAGGAAUAGGGAUCUCGCGCUGCUUGUGUUUGCAAACAAGCAGGACCGGCCGAACGUCAUGAGCGCAGCAGAGAUAGCGGACGAGUUUGGGCUUCCGUCACGGCUUUGCAACCGUAGAUGGCACAUUCAAAGUAGUUCUGCGAUCUCUGGAGAAGGCCUCCACGAGGGGAUGGCUUGGCUCUGCACCAACAUUCGAUAGGACCAAGAUCCUCCUCCUUCACAAAAGACUACAGUACAAAAGGGGGGCAUGCUGUUUAUGUUUUUGCAGGCCUAAGGAAUUGUACCAGCAGAUGAGAUACAUGAUUAUGAUUGCUGGACAAGGAUAGUUUGCAGUGUGAUGUAGAACCUGUUAGGAUUUAUGGGCUAGGCCCAAUUGAGAAAUUCGAAUAAAUCGCAGGAAAAUCACAAAAGCCCA